AUGCCUCACAUUGAUAGCAAUGAGAUUGAGAAUAUGCAAAGCCAAGUUAGAAAUGAGACUAAGAAUGUGCAUACCCAAGAUAGGAAUGAGAAUGAGAAAGUGCAAAGUGAAGUUAGGAAUGAGAAGAGUUCAGAAGAUGAGAGUUUAGUAGAAGGGAUUGAAACUGAUGAUGAAGAUUAUAUAAUUGCUAUGCAAAACAAGAAGGCCCUCAAGGCUUCUCAUGGGGGUAAGGUGCAAGUUGAUGGGAAUUUGGCUGCUAGUGCACAUGUUAGUGAUUAUGAAGAUAGUGAAGAUGAUGGGUUUGAUACCACAUAUAGUAGUGAUGAGAACGAUUUAGGAGAAACUGUUAAGAGGAAAAGGAAAAAAAUUUGA